AAUUAUAUUUACUUCAUGAUAUAAAUAUAAUUAAAUAUAUUUGAAGAAUAUUUGAAGAACUAUAUUACAUCCUAUCGUUGAUUGAUUGAUGUUGAACUCAUUUCUCAGUCUUAUUCUUCAUCGUUGUAUGUUUCUAACCUAUCCAAAAAGUUGAUCAAGGAUGAAAGUUAGAUUGAAUUUAUUUACUCAUUUCAUAGAUAAAACUUUCAGUUGCGUUAACGCAAAGUAUUAUUCGCAAUCUGAAGUUCUAUUUACUAAGACGGAUGUCAAUUUAAAAAAUUGGCAAGGGGAACUUGAUAGAACUAUGCAAGUUCUACCGAAUUUCAUUACAACUGAAGAAGAAAAGUUCUUAAUUGAAGAAAUUGAUCCUUAUAUGAGGAGAUUAAAAUACGAACAGUCGCACUGGGAUGACGCAAUACAUAAUUAUAGAGAGACGGAGAAAAAUAAGUGGAAUGAGAGAAACAUAAAAAUAAUAAAUAAAAUUCAAGAUAGGGCAUUUCCUAAAGAUAUGUCUAAAAUUUCAUUGGUACAUGUUUUGGACCUAGCACCGCAAGGGUGGAUAAAACCACAUGUCGACAGCAUUAGAUUCUGCGGAGAAAUUAUUGCUGGUUUAAGUUUAUUAACUGAUAGCGUAAUGAGAUUAAAAAUGGUUGAUAAUGAAACUUUAUAUAAGGACUUUCUAUUACCCAGAAGAUCGUUAUACAUAAUGAGUGGUACAGCUAGGUAUAAUUAUAAUCACGAAAUUUUAAAAAAUGAAGAAUCUUUUUUUGAAGGACAACAUAUACCAAAAGAUAGACGUAUUUCAGUAAUAUGUAGAUGUCAACCACAACAUAACACUUAGUAUACAGUUAGACGUUUAACUUGUUUUUCCAAAAAAACAAGGCUUUAAAUAAAAAAAUGUUAUUUUUUCUUUUUAAAAUAUUUUUUCAUGUAAAAUAACCCUUUUAUUGUAUCUUCAUUAUUGGAACACUGGAUAAUUAUACCGCAAGUUUAUAUUGUAUAUGUAU